AUGGAACCUGCCAAUGAACAAGACGCGAUGGCGCAUGCGCUCGCUGGCGUGCGCUCGCUGGCCACACGCGUACAACGGGAUCGACAGCCCAUCUGCGCCCUACAUCUUUUCAGAGAGAGGGUCGUGGAAGGCGAUGGCUUGCUUUCCGGUAAUGAGAAUAAGGAAGAGCCUGAAGAGCCGGAAAGGCCUGACCAGCAGUCCCUCUUUGUUGGAGAAGGCGAGAGCGACUCCGAUUACGACGAUGAAGUCAUGGAUGGCGACGAAAUGGACUGGGAGACUGCCGACAACCCGACCGAAGCCGACUUAGCAUGGGCCAGCAAUCUCUCAGCCCACAAUGACAGUUUGCAUGCGCCGAUGAAGCCCGGCCAGCCCACACCAUGUCCGCAUCUUGUCAUUGAGCCUCGUCGACACCAGUAUGUGGCUUUAGGCAAGAUAGAGCGUGCGAUGAAGAGCGCCUCCAAAGCUCUGCUCAUCGCCGACCCUCCCGGUCUAGGGAAAACACUUAUAAGCAUGAUGGCCAUAGUUAAAUCAAUCGCAGCAGCUGGCCGCUUCUCAUUCGUCGUUGUACCCUCAAGCUGCAUUGAGCAGUGGUUCAAAGAGUUCCACAAGUUUUUCACCGAGGGAACUGUCAGAGUGUUGGUCGUGAGAGAUGCCUCUGUCUCGCCCACCACGAUGCUCAAUUACGAUGUCAUCAUCCUCUCGUACAGCUUCGUCAUGUCCCGAUACAGGAAAUGGGUGAAAUACUUGCAACUUAUCAAGGCCAUGAGGAGCAAGGAGAUCAAAGGUCGUAUACCAGAGCGGCCCAACUUGUCCAUCUUUUCCGAAAUGUUUGACUCGGAUGAUGGAGUGAAAUCCCCCUUCCUGGUCCUCGACGAGGCGAAUGCCUUCAAGAAUCCAAGAACGGCGACAUUCGCAUCGAUCUUCACGCUGAGGCAGCGGUGCGAUACGUGUCUCAUGCUGACUGGGAGUCCAAUCGACAACCAGUGGCACGACAUUUACGCGCUCUUGCAGAUGGUCAAAGGCCAUGAGAUCAACACAAAGACCCGCAUGAUGAACCUGCUGGGCACUCGUGACAUGAAACGUCCUGGAAGAUGGACGCCUCCCAAAGGGCUCAAGUUCGUAUGGCUCUUGCAAAUUUUGAACUCUUUCAUGGUCAGGCGACCUGAGACAACCAUCAGUCUCCCUCCGCUAGAGGAGAAGACCAUCGGCUUUGAGUUGUCGGACAGCGAAGUGGGAAUCUCGAAUGACACUUUCGAAACUUACCAAACAGCCAUGCGCAUCGCCAGCACAGAGAAGAAGUCCCGAUCGAAGAAGCAAAGCCCUCCUUUCAAAAGUCUCACCCACGCACUCCAGCACGCUUGUCACCCCAGGCUUGUCGAGUUGAUGGACUUUAUUCGAUACUCAGACGAAGAGAAGAAGAGGGAGCGAAGGGGUGAGCCGACUGGCGAAGAUGCAGACAUCCUUUACGAUGCAGAGCAUAUCGCCAAAUGGUCUGAGUGGCGGGAGAGCUUGAAAGCCAACAACAAUUGGGAGUCUUCGCGAAUCACGGCCAUCAUAGAUGCCUUCAACGAAUGUCGCGACCGAGAUCCAGAUUGUUCGGUCAUCAUCAUGGAUGAGAGCGUGUAUUUCUUGGACGUGGUCCAAAUCGCGUUUGAGGCGAUGUAUGAUCCCAUCGAAUGUCUCCGCUACGACGGCCGUGAGUUUGCUGAAAGGCGUCCCGCUAUCCAGGCUGAAUUCGACAAGUCAGGCGGCCACAAAGUCAUGCUCAUGUCUCGCGGAGUUGGUGGCCUUGGCCUCAACAUCCCUUCAGCAAACGUCAUCAUCCAGUGUUGCCCUUGGUGGAAGAGAGAAUGGGAGGUGCAGGCAAUGGGUAGAGCGUAUCGUGAAGGACAGAAGAGGGCAGUUACUUAUAUCAAGUUGACAGCGACAAACAGCCACGCGGAGAUAUAUAAGACGAAGACUCGCGACCGAAAGCAUACGUACAACAGCAGGGUUGUAAAGGCUCUCACGAGGGCCGAUGGCGGUGUGACGGGCAUGAGUCGGGGUUAG